AUCAGUUUAGGAGCAGAACAAAAUAACUAUGCCCAAAUAACCGUUAAAGCUGUGUAAACAUUCGACCACGUGAGGGUAAACGCAUGCGAAAUGCCAUACAAAACAUCUCUUGGCCUACAUGUCAGACUGUCAAACAAUUUUAUUCAUCUUUCACCAAUUUUUAGCAUGUAUUAUGAACACCGGAAGUCGGUGGUCGUACAGGUAAACAUAAACAAAUCGACUGACGCAGCCUUACGUGCAUUAGGGGACCUAGUCAGUGCGCAUGAAUAGACCAUGGUGGCUGUCGAUCCUUUACCUGAUCCUUAUCAAAGUGUCACUUGUUGACGGUUUAGUUUAUCGCUCCUGUCCUACAUGUGCCAAUGACGUUAAUAUAACCGCGAAUCGUACACCAACCACCAACACGAGUCGGAACGACCAAAACAAAGAAUGGCAUCAGGUGGUUGUGGUAACAACGUUAUAGACAUAGAUGGCUUUGAUUUAUCGGAAAUUUUAAAAAUCGCUGAUGAUGUUGAAUGUCGUGGUGGUGCCGUCGUGGACGGCGGGUGUCGUGGUAGUGUUGAGACUGGUAAUGGGCCGAGAAGUGGAGAGGAUCUCAACUCUCACAUUGAUGGAGAAGUUUCAGGCUGUGGGAGUAUUGAUGAAAAAGAAGUUUCUCACGACAAACAAGAGACACAAAAAGAUACUAUUCAUAAGAAGAUGGCUACAGCAGUGGACUUGCUGAGACGAGCAGUUGAGAGUGAGAAGAGUGCAGACAAUAAGGAGUCCUUCAGACUUUACAAGGAUAGUAUUGAGAUUCUGCUGGAAGCUUUAAAAAAAACAGGCAAAAAGGGAAGGUUAAGAACUCUAUUAACGACAAAGAUAAAAGCCUUAUUGACCAAAGCAAAACAUUUAAAAGACCAAAUCACAGAAAAAAGAGAGGCCAGUGUGUUAAGUAAGGUGCCCCAAAGGUCAGAUGAAUAUGAUGAAGCCACGCUAAGGAAGAGGGAUUACCUGGCAGGUUUCAUAGAGGAUCCGAAUGAGAAACUAAACCGGUCCAAUAUUGUUGGACAGGAGGAAGCUGUAAGUCGCCUUAUGGAACACCUCGUUUUGCCUUCGAUGUAUCCACAAUUAUUUCAAAAUCGUCGGAUGCCAGGCAAUAUCCUGUUAUAUGGGCAUCCAGGGACUGGCAAAACGAUGGCACUGCGAGCUGUUGCCUCUGACAUUCCUGAUUUUACUUUCUUCAAAUUGUCUAUAUACGACUUCAUGAACAAGUAUGAACCAGAUGAGGCACGGAAUGUUCGGGAACUGUUCAUGAUGGCGAGUGAGAGAAAGAACUGCAUCAUCUGCCUUGAGGAUGUUGACAGGAUACAUCGAGAUGAAUCAGACCUCAGAUUGAGAAGCAUCUACACUGAGUUGAUGGUGCAGAUGGAAGGCUAUGCCAAACAGGUCAGGGUUGUGUUUGUCACACAGAGACCCUGGAACCUUAAGAGGCCGUUCAGGAGAAGGCUAUCAUCGAGGAUUUACUUUCAACUGCCAACUAAAGGAGAACGGAUUAAUAUUUUGAAAGCCAACCUGAAGGAAACUAACCACAAGUUGACAGAAAAAGAUUUUGACCAAAUUGGGGACCGAACUGCAUCGCUUGGAGGCUAUCGGUGCACACAGGCUGACAUGGUGGCAUUAAGCAGGGAGAUCAUGAUGCAGGUGGUGCGCCGAGUUCAGUGUGCCAAGUAUUUCAGAAAGAUGGCACACCCUGUGACUAAGAUCGAGGAUCACUGGAUGCCAUGUCACCAAGAUGAUGAAGGAGCUGUAGAGAUGACCUGGAUGGAUGUGGAUGCAAAGAAAUUUUUAGAGCCGGACAUAGUAAUGAGUGAUGUUCUUCUUUCUCUGGCUAACUGCAGUGGCACAGUCGAACCGGGGGAAGACAGACAGAUGUCUGACUGGAGGGACAUGGUUACUUAAUUUCAUUGACAUGUUGAGUCAGCUGACCAAAAUGAACUUUGCAUGCCCUGGAAGCCUGGGUUUCAGUGCACUCUUAUCUUCACAUUUAACCUGGAUGAGCACUGAUAACUUUAGUACCAUCUCUGUGACACAGGACCACAGACAACAUUGUCACUGUGGGCUGAAUUGGUGAUGGGUUGGUCACAAUGACUCCUGUGUAUGGAUCUUAUGCUUAUGUCAGGGACCACUAAGAGCAGCAGGUGCAGCAGCUUUAGCUUGUGAUCCUGCUCCAUGAUGUAGAGUGAUACCCGCACCUUCCACCACUUGUCAUCUACCGGAGGCAAGGGAGUUACUGACUGUAAAAGUCCAGUUUCCACCCUUGCCGAACAAGGCUGGAAUUUUGGGUUCGAUGGUAGUGCCACCAGUGGCUAUUACGAGUUAUGUCCCUUCUACGUCCCUCCUAUUGACCAGUCAGAUUCCACCUUCCCGAAGAUCAUCAAAUCAUGUGAGCACCUUGAUUACAAAAAUGACAAGAUUUGGAAUACAUCUGUUGACGCUAAGUUGAUGGUACACAUGCUUUGCAAAUCCUGGAAGUACUUCUUAUGGGCUGCAUGUGGAAAGGCUCUUCUGUUACAAAUGUUUAUCAGCAAGACAUGAUGAUUUUGACGAAAUCAGUUGGACAGCCCGUAACUGUCAUUCAGAAUACCCUGCGUUAAACAUUUUGAUGUUACAUGAUUAGCAACACAUUCCAAAUCUGGUAAGCAAUUGAUUGGCUGAAAGGUCAUUCUGGCAUGACCCGUAAUAGGAUGUCACUGGAUGUAUAGGAGAUAAUAUGUUAUUGACCAAACCUACCUAUGCAUAUAACUGUGAUAAUACAACUUUCAAUGUGAAAUGCUUAUUCCACAUUUUUUUUUUUUUUUUGAUAUUAUCCAGUUUCUUCUUUUAUAUUAUUUUGUAUCAUAUGACUAUAACUAACAUGUUGUGCACGAAGAUCCAUUUCAUGCAUGUAAUUUGGUCUAGAGUGGUGCAAUCCGUUGGUCGUGACAGGAUCAUUUGGUCUUUGGUUCGAGUUUUCUCAAGCUGACAUGCUGUGAUAUGACUUAAGUACUGUUCGAAACAGUAUUAACUCACUUCUUUCACAAUACAUCUGAUUAUUGUUUCUUAUGUAUAUAAUUAAAUAAUUAUUGUGAUGUAAACUGCUUUGUCCUCGACUGACGAAGAGAAUACAGUUGUAUACUCCAAACUAGGUGAGAUUAUUAUAAACAACAAACCAACCAAACCAACAAACGUUGUUGUGUUAUCAUCUUCAUGGUUUUAAUGUGUUUGUUUUUACACGAAAUGUAUAUUGAUGAAAGGUGCAUAGCAACCCACAAUCAUUGAGUUGGCAGAAAAAGACCAGGUCUGAUCAGAAAGUAGGCCACUGUGCCUGAGACGACUCCUACAAGCACAGGCAUGGUGCUGACUGAGCAGAAUACUCAAGCGUGAACCACAAUGAGAUGAAUCUGCAUAGACAGCCGACCAUUACUGUCCUGUCUUGACAUUCAAUUUCAUCUGAUUGUUUGAUUCAAAAUAAAACUUGUCAACCCA